CGUCACCGCACACGUCCACCAUGCAGUCGCUGCGGCCCGCCCUCGCAGCAGUGCGCCUUUCCGCCCCCCGCCGCGCAGGCGCCCUCUACCAGUGCCUGCACACAUCUGCCACGCGAUGUGCCACGCCGCUGCCACACCCCUCGGUGCCGGGCCCUCCGCCCGAGUCGCCCACGUCCGCUGCGUCGGAUGCGCGUGAGCGCGUGGCGCGCAAGCAGCGCCAGGCCGAGAUGAUCCAGCAGGCCAGGAGCAAUCGUGCUAGUGCCGCGAAGCCUGCCAGCGCCCUGAAGAAGCGCUUCUGGACCGACGUCACCGUCAAGGAGACCAACGGCGGCUUCCAGGUCUUCCUCGACCAACGCCCGGUCCGCGGCCCCGACAAGGAGACACUCACCGUUCCUCUGUCCAAGCACCAGCUUGCGACCGCCAUCGCCCUCGAGUGGGACAUGCUCGUCAGCGCCCAGCAGGCCCUCAAGACGCACUACAUCCCCAUGACCUCGCUCGCUGCACGCGCCAACGACAUCGCCCAGGCCGACAUCAAGGGCGACGGGCGUAUCCGCGACUCCAUUCUACAGCUGUGCGACCGCUACCUCUCCACCGACACACUGCUCUGCUGGGCGCCCGCCAAAGUCAUGAAUGACGUAAAGCAGAACGGCAAGACCCUGCGCGAGCUGCAAGAGGAGGUUGCAACUGGCAUCAUCACCUACCUGACCACCCAUGUGUGGCCCGGCGUGCAGAUCAAGCCCAUCCUCGACGCCGACAGCAUCAUGCCCAUCGAGCAGCCCGACAACACAAAAGACGUCAUCCGCAGCUGGAUCUCGGCCCUGCCUGCCUACGAACUCGCCGGGCUCGAGCGCGCCGUGCUGGCCAGCAAGAGCGUCUUGAUCGCCUCGCGCCUCCUGCACGAGUGGGCCGAGGGUCUUACGAGCUCGCCACAGCCCAACGCGAAGAAGACCUUUGGCAUCGAGGAAGCUGCGUCGGCCGCGAGCUUGGAGGUCAGGUGGCAGAUCCAGGCCUGGGGUGAGGUCGAGGACACGCACGACGUCGAGCGAGAAGAUAUGAAGCGCCAGCUCGGUAGCGUCAUUUUGCUCGUUGGCGGUGACUCAGCGUAGAGGGAACAUACGUGUGACGAUAGAGUGUAAAUUAGACAGUAGCAAGAGCUGCGUUGUAUGUAUACGACCCGUAUGUCAUGUCAUCUUAUAUUGCACCUGCUAGUUAUGUUGUAGAUGACUAA